UUCUUUUGUAUGUUGUCUUUCGCCGAACGGAACGGUCGUGCGUGCUAGCGCGACAGGCUGUGCUGGUGCGUUUGUGAGGCGCUGCUGCUUCUUCUACUAACACUGUCUCUGGCUUUCACCAAAGAAGGCGUCGAGCGAGGUUGGUUGUGUUGACAUUGCGAAAGUACAGGCAGGCGGCCGCAGCAGUAGUGUACAAAAGGUGCUCCGAAGGAUAGUGUGGGAAAACCCAACCUUCCGCACAGCUGGGAGAAAAAAUCCGCGUGAAUUAGUUACCUGCUGGUGCUGGUUGCCUACACGUUAGGCAGUGUGUGAGUGUCUAUGUGUAUGUGUGUGUGUGGCGACAGUGCUAAACAGUGAAACAAUGCAUCAUCCACGAGUGUCGUCACGGUUCAGUCGCUUCCAUAUGGCAGCAGCAUCCUCCGACAGUAGCGAAAUCAUCCACACCUCGACCAGCAGUUCCCAAAGUAGGCGCAGAAGCGGCAGCAGCGACAGUAACAGUAAAAGCAGUUACCAAAAGAGCAAUCGUCCGCUGCCGACGAGGAUGAUGACGCUGUGGUGGUCGGUGAUGGUCUGGGCCGCCCUGGCAGUUGCGGUCUGCGGGCUUCCCGAGGGUGGCGGAAACUAUCCGGUCGGCAAGUUCCCGUUCCUGAUGCCGAAGGUCGUGCCGUACAAGCCCGAACUCUACCUCUGCACACCGGUGAAGGUGGACUACACCAAGAGCUACUAUAUCGUGGGCUUCGAACCGAACGCCACCAUGGCCACCGCGCACCAUAUGCUACUGUACGGCUGCGGUCAACCCGGUUCCGAAUCGGCUGUAUGGAACUGCGGUGAGAUGGCGGGCGGUAGCGAGGAAAGCGGCAGUCCCUGCGGAAGUGGCGCACCGUCGCAAAUUAUCUACGCGUGGGCCCGUGACGCACCGAAGCUGGAGCUGCCGGAAGGCGUCGGUUUUAAGGUCGGCAAGGACUCGCCGAUCCAGUACAUUGUGCUGCAGGUCCACUAUGCCCACAUCGAUAAGUUCAAAGAUGGAACCACGUACGAUGACUCGGGCAUAUUCAUCCACUACACCACGAAACCACUGUCGAAGCAGGCCGGUGUCAUCCUGCUCGGUACGGCCGGCUACAUCCCACCGAUGGCAACCGAACACAUGGACACGCUGUGCGACAUCCAGGAGGACAAGGUGAUCCAUCCGUUCGCCUACCGUACGCACACGCACAGCCUGGGCCGAAUGGUUUCCGGCUACCGGAUUCGAAAGGACGACGCCGGCACCGACCAGUGGACGCUGCUCGGCAAACGUGACCCACUGACGCCACAGAUGUUCUAUCCGGUCGAGAGCCGGGAUCCGAUUCGCAAGAACGAUCGACUCGCUGCCCGCUGCACCAUGGAGAGCAAUCGGACGCGCAUCACGAAAAUUGGUGCCACCAACGAGGAUGAAAUGUGCAACUUCUAUCUGAUGUACUACGUGGAGAACGAUGAACCGCUGCAGAUGAAGUACUGUUUCAGCAACGGACCGCCACUGUUCCGCUGGAGUAAUCGUGAAACGGAAUUAAAUCACAUCCCCGAUUACGAUUCGAGCCAUCUGUAAGGCGUGUGUGCCAGGGCUAGGGCAUAGACGUUAACAGUGACCACAAGCACACACAUAGAAGCUGCCGUUGGCUCGGUACUGGGAAUGAGAAGACAAUGCGGAUGGUAUUCCCAGUACUGGGACGCUCGGUCCAUUUUAUUAGGUGGUCUUGCUGCUGCUGCUGCUGCUGGUGUUGCUGAUGUGCUGAAACUCUACAUUCAACAUUCUCUCUGAUUCACUUUCCCUCACUUUCCUUAUGUCUCUACAUUCCCUCCGAGACACACACACGUACACACACACAUUGUACAGUCGAAUUGGCUGACCGGGUCCUAACUAACCAGUGCGAGGAGAGCUAUAUUUUCGAGGAAAAUGCUAAACUUCAAAGUACGAAUUUUCAUAUCACACAAUUUUAACCAAACGGACGGACGGAUGGAUGGACGGACUCGCGCACGUGGUUUGCGAAAAGAGCACGCAUAAUUACGCAUUUAUCCUAUAUAUAUACAGACAUUAUCGAGCCAACUCCAUCGCUCUAUCUCCCUUCUGCUGUAGCAAGAGAGUGUAGUGAGAUGAACGAUUCUAAUAAUCCCAAUUUUAAUAGACGAAUGCAAGGAUAGAAGGGACAAGCGCGGCACAAGGAACAGGGAAUGCUUUCAUGCUAGUCAUAUGGGAAUUUGGUUUCACGUACGUCAUGCUUUCCUUUGAGCACGCUUGUUGUUCAGUUCACUUUUUUUGGGGCAAUGUUACUGCAUAGAGCCGGGAGCGGGAUGAUAAAGAGACUUUAAUGUAUGCAAUCGAUGGUACAAGAAUGAUGCAGAACGGAACGGUUACUUAAAGGGCGAGGUGCGGGGUAUAUUUUACUAUCAAUCUAUUAUACACAAACAAUAGAAAGUUGUUAAAUUUUACGCAUGAAUGUUGCUAGUUACUGAUGUGUGUGUGUGUGUGUUCCCAGACGUGCCUGAAAGGGGAUCGCUUGGGGAUCGCAUACAGAGUGAAUGUUAUUGAUGGGAUUUAUUUAAAAAAGGGAUGUGAUUAGAAUGACCAGAGCAGUGGUGUGCUAGAG